GCGGUUCGCGAACAUGUUCGUCGCUUGUGGUGCGCGAAUAUUGCAUUGAAAACAAAAACAACUGCCUCAGUUAAUGUUGAUGCUUGAAGUGUGUACAUAGGCGGAAAGAAUGAACUUCAGUCAGAAACUAAUAGUGCAAUUAAUUGAGUGCUUAAAAAACGAGCCAGCAUUAUGGCAAAUAAAAAAUGAAAACUAUAAAAACAAAAUCGAAAAAACCCUUGCAUGGGAUAGAAUUUUAGAAACUUAUAGAAAAAGUGAUCCCCAUGCCACAAUAGACGAGCUCAAAAAGAAAAUUGCUUCACUGCGUGCAUCGCACAGGCGUGAACUUCAAAAAAUAAGAAAAACGAAAAGAUCUAGAGCUGGCGCAGAUGCUAUUUAUGUACCAUCGUUAUGGUAUUUUGAACACCUCGAUUUUUUGCGUCACCAGAAGAACCGAAUCGAAGGAGCUGCUACUUCUGACAAAUCUUCGAUAAUGAAAAGCCCAACACGUCCAAGAAAAAGGAAAGCAGAUGAAUUUUCGGAGCGAGCAGUGAGACAUUUAGAGAAAUCUGACGAUCAGUCGAUGAGAGACGAAGCUGUCAUUUUUGCAGAUGGGUGGGCAGUGCAAUAUCGCAAACUAGACGAAGAUCAAAAAUUGUUUGCAAAACGCAUUAUUGAUGAUGCACUGCUUAAAGGCCAGCUGGGUCUUCUUACUUACAACAGUCUCGUGAAAAUAGAACAAAAUCAUUUAACGGAAGAUCCACGCCCUUUUUACAGUUCGAGCUCUUAUUCUAGCCAGAAUUCACUGUAAUUUCUUCACCAUAACCGCAGCAAAAUAUUAAGAAUGGAAAAAGGAAAAUUAUUUGCCGAAAUUGUUUAGUUCAAAUGAAUGUCACUAAUUUUCACAGACUUAAAAAAUAUAUAAAAAUUAGAAAAGAAAAACCAAAAACCAAAAACAAAAAACAAAAUAAUCUCAAAAUGUCAGCUUUGCACAUUGCUAAAUGAAUUUCAAGAAAAUAUGUAAGCGAUAUUUUGACCAGUUUAGGCUACUCUUCUUUCGUUGAUUUAAUGUUUAUUAUUUGUCCUUGAUUGUACUAUAUACUGCACACAUAGAUAUUGAUUGAAGUAGGUACACUGUUAGUUUACUUAUCUGAAUAAAUGGCGUUAGUGC